AGCCCUGCUAAAAACACUCCAACCAAACUCCGCCGUUUUCUCGAGUAUGCCGAAUCUGAUGCUGGGGUCAAAAAUGCAACAUAUCACCUGUUCGCACUCGAGAAUAAAGGGUAUGGACCUGAUAUUCUUGAAUGUGUAGAGGACAAGGACUUGGUAGAUCUUGGUAUAAAACAUGGAGAUGCCAUGCGUUUGAAGCGCGCAGCACCGAUCUGGUUCAAUGGACCUGAGGCAAAACGAAAACAACCACUUGCCCCAUUGGCUCAACCAGACCAGCAUCAAAAUCGGACACGUUUCGAGAAGAGAUGGAUCGAUGGUGGGCGCUUUUCCACUUCAGGAAGAUCAAUGCGACGGUUAGAUGAUGGUGAAAAACUUGAUCCUUCUUAUAGUUGGUUUUACUUCUCCGAACUUGCACAUUCAAUGAUUCCUGUUCCCAAAAAUUUUGUACCA